AUGGUGAAAUCCCUGCACAAGUUCUUGAGCAAGAACGUAGUGGAGGCAAUGUCCCUAGAAGAUUUUGUAGCAGAACUCGGUGUCGACCAUCGUGCAAUUCAACCUCCAUUCUUUCGCAAGGGCGAGGGCGCGUCGAGAGCUGUCGGGUAUUUCGCGGAGCAGCAAAAGCCAGAAGUAUCUGAAGAGACGCGGAAAACUUUGGAAGCGGUUGAACCAGUUCUGCCUGCCGGACAGCCACUGUCUUUUCACACUACAUACGACAGAAAAGGCUCUUACUUCAAAAGAGGCAGCUUGUUUCACCGAGAUUUCUUCGAGUUCUUCAUUGAUGGGCAACCUUUUGAUCUGAGGAUACUCCCACUACCGAGCGGUGAAGAGGGGGAAGCUACGCUGGAACGAUACAAAAAGGAGCUGGAAAAUGAGCGGAGUGUUCGACUUCAAUUUGAUGUGGGUUCUGCUCAACGUGUCGUGGAGGCCUUUCACUGUCACAUUCCAUUUCAAGUGCUGCAGUUUACAAGCGACAGAAAGGUCGUCUCACUUGGGUUAGACCUCAAGAUGCCCAACAUUGUUCUCAUCUACCCGGGCACACGUGGGACGCUCGGCCAACUCUUUCCGUUGAUACAUCAAGCAGCCCAGAAUCAGAAAACCGCCCCCGCUGCUCUAGCUGCCCGGCUGAGCGUGACGGUGCAGGCCAUUAAGUUGGUCGCAGUCACCAGUGGAAGAGGGAUCUUGGUGAGUAACAUCUCGCCGGAAAAUUUCUUCCCCAGUAGAGAUGGAAUUCUUUAUUUUGGUGGCUUCUCCUCAAAAGUAGCGGCAAACAAGCUGUACUACGAGACCGAGGGGGGCGCCCUGGUCGAGGAGCCGCCGAACGUGACUUCCAGGGGGAGACGGUUCACCGCUGAAGACAACGCAGCAGACUUAGGACGCACUCUCUUUGGCUUGUGGUGCGGCGGUUCGCUUCCUGAGGAUGAACCGAGUGGGCGGGCCGACGUGGAUUUCUCCAAUUGCGGGACAGACCUGCCGGAUCCUGUCAAGAAGUUAAUUAUGGGAGUGUCCGGCUCCCACGGACGCGCCCCUCUCAGCGCCUCCCAGGUCCUCGAUACUCCAAACUAUCAGGAGCUGCGCAGAUUAGAAAAAGAAGUGUCUCAGAGUGUCGCGGUGCGUUCAGUGGUGGGGUGA